UGGGACUUUUGUGCUCUGGAAGUCUCUUUGACGUGUCUCCGGAGCAGCAGCACGAGCAGUGCGUGUUGGCGCGUACCGGGGUGUGUGAUCCGAACCCGGGUUUGAUCAGCUUCUUUUCCCGCUGUAGGAGGCUCCAGAGGAGAGAGAGAGAGAGAGAGAUGGGGGAGAUGCGGAUUCCUACCCACAUGUUCCUGUGGAGUCUUUCUGCCAUCUACAUGUUCGCCUUCGCGUCUGUUUAUGUACAAAUUCCUGGUCUCUAUGGUAACGAGGGCAUCCUCCCAGCGAAGUGGAUGCUGCGGGUGGCGGGGAAAAGCGUCUGGGAGCGUCUGAGGGACACGCCCACUCUGCUGUGGUUUGGCCCACAGCUCGGCCUCGACACGCAGCACUGCCUGGAGCUGUUGAGUCUGACUGGAACUGCUCUCAGUCUGGCGGCCAUGACGGUCCCCGCCUUUAGAGACUGCAGGCUUUACUUUAUUCUGUGGGUUCUUUACCUCUCUCUGUACCAGGUCGGCCAGGUCUUCUUAUACUUCCAGUGGGAUAAUCUGUUGUUAGAGGUGGGCUUCCUGGCUGUUCUCAUCGCUCCCAUGAAAAUGCCAUGGAGCUGCAGAUCAAGUUUUCACGAUGGUGUGACCUUCUGGCUUCUCCGCUGGCUUCUCUUCCGCCUGAUGUUCACCUCUGGAGUCGUCAAACUGACCAGCCGCUGUCCCACCUGGUGGGGACUCACAGCAUUGACGUAUCACUACGAGACGCAGUGUAUCCCGACGCCCCUGGCCUGGUUUGCCCACCAGUUUCCUGUGUGGUUUCAGAAGCUCAGCACCGUUGCCACCUUCGUCAUCGAGAUCGCAGUUCCCUUCCUCUUCUUCAGCCCCAUUCGCAGACAUCGUCUCUUUGCUUUCUACUCGCAGGUCUUGCUGCAGGUGCUGAUCAUCCUCUCAGGGAAUUAUAACUUCUUUAAUCUUCUGACCAUCGUGUUGUGUUUCUCCCUGCUGGACGAUGAACACAUGGAUUUCUGGCUCCGCAGACGCAGGCAGCAGACGCAGACGCAGACGAGUUCUCUGCAGGCCGUGUUGGCGUGGGUGUGUUUGGUGCUCGAAGCGUGUGUGUAUGCGCUGCUCGGCUACUGGACCAUCGUCUACUUCGACCUGAAAGUGGACUGGGACAAGAAAAGUGUUUCUUCUAAAACAGCCUUCACACAUUACGAGUUUAACAGCUUCCUGAAGGCCGUGACGGGGCCCAGUAUUUGGAUCGGGGUUCUGUCUCUCACUUGGGAGGUCAUUACUGCCAUGUUCAGGAGUGCGUGUGUAAGGGGUGUGUUUCGACGGCUCUGGAGCACGGUGCAGUGGGGCGUCUUCUCUGCUGCAGCAGCCUCCAUGUUCACCAUCAGUCUGGUUCCAUACACCUACAUCGAGUACGAGGCUCACUCUAACCUGUGGCCCGGAGUGCGCAGGGCGUUUGAGUUGACUGAUCGUUACCAGCUGGUGAACUCAUACGGUCUGUUUCGGAGGAUGACGGGAGUCGGAGGUCGUCCAGAGGUCAUCAUGGAGGGUAGCAUGGACGGAAUCACCUGGACAGAGAUCGAGUUUAUGUAUAAACCGGGGAACGUGAGCGCAGCGCCCCCAGUGGUGACGCCUCAUCAGCCUCGACUCGACUGGCAGAUGUGGUUCGCGGCUCUCGGACCCCACAAUCAGAGUCCCUGGUUCAGCAGCUUCGUUCGCCGUCUCCUACAGGGCAAGCAGGAUGUAAUAAAGCUAAUUCAGACAGACGAGACUCAGUACCCGUUCAUCAGACAGCCUCCAGUCUACAUCCGUGCUCAUCGCUACAAGUACUGGUUCACCGAACCUAAAGAGGACGGGUCAUUACCGCAGAGGUGGUGGAGGAGGAUCUACGUGGAGGAGUUUUAUCCGCCUGUGCGUCUCGGUGAUGCGGUUUUGGAGGACACGCUGACUCAGCACGGCCUCAACAUAAAGGAUAAAUCUCCUUCACGCCGAGCUUCUGGUUCACGGCUCUCGCGGACGUUACAGUCUGUUGGAGAACACGUGAGGGAGGUUCCUGCUCACGUCCUGCUCUGGACACUGUUCUGUUCAGCAGCUACAGUGUGUGUCAUCAACCAUCUGCUCUCACACACUCCAACACACACUCACAAUCCUCCAACACACACACACUCUUUAGAGCAGGAGAAGAAAAUAAAGGAAGAUAUAAAGAAGGAGGAAGAAGAGAAGGUAAGAAGGGAGAAGGAAGAGGAAGUGAAUGAGGAUGAGGAAGUGAAUGAGGAUGAGGAAGUGAAUGAGGAUGAGGAAGUGAAUGAGGAUGAGGAAGUAGAUGAGGAAGAGGAAGUGAUGUGUACAGUUAGGAAGAAGAAAUAAAACCCUGUUCAUGUGUUUGGAGUGCACAAGUUCUCUCUCUCUUUCUCUCUUUCACUGUCUUUUUAAAAUGAUAUACAUGUAUUUUUUUAAUAUAAAUGAAAUAAAAACACGCGCGAUAUUCUCUGAAAAGUGUAUCGUGGUGAACUGUAUCGCAAUAUCAGCAUCAGAUCAAGGGAUCGGUCCAAACUGCAACUGAUAACACUGAUCUUUAGGGCUUGUUUUAUGUCCUGUCAUUAAUCACACACACACACACACACACACUUUUAUUCCUGUCGAUCGUCUGUAAUAUAUUGUUUGGUAAUAGAUGAAUUAGAGGAGUGAUGAGUGUAAUUCUGAUUCGGUCGUGAAGUUUAUCAGCUGCAUGACGAUCCGUUUUCUUCACCGUCGCAUUUCAUCCCGUUUAUCACUUUACAUCUCCGAUUGAACCUCUUCUAUUUUAUCACUUAUUUUCUCUUCAUGUUGUCUUUUCUCUCUUUUGCCAAACACUAAUGUGAAGUUUUUGUGUUAUAUUUUUUGUAUAAUAAAAUGACUCCCACCAGACCCUCUGAA